GGCCGCCGGCCCACCCGCCGCCAUGCCCCGGUACGCGCAGCUGGUGAUGGGCCCGGCGGGCAGCGGGAAGGUGAGGCGGGGGGGGGGCGGCGGGCGGGCGAGCACGUACUGCUCCACCAUGGUGCAGCACUGCGAGGCGCUGGGCCGCGCCGUGCAGGUGGUCAACCUGGACCCGGCGGCGGAGCUCUUCAGCUACCCCGUCAUGGCAGACAUCCGUGAGUUAAUAGAAGUGGACGAUGUCAUGGAAGAUGAGUCCUUAAGGUUUGGUCCCAAUGGCGGCUUGGUGUUUUGCAUGGAAUACUUUGCCAAUAACUUUAACUGGCUAGAGGAAAGCCUUGGGCAUGUGGAGGAUGACUAUAUAUUGUUUGAUUGCCCAGGUCAGAUCGAACUCUACACACAUUUGCCAGUGAUGAAACAGCUGGUGGAGCAGCUUCAGCAGUGGGAAUUCCGCGUCUGUGGAGUUUUUCUCGUGGAUUCUCAGUUUAUGGUGGAAUCUUUUAAGUUUAUCUCUGGAAUUCUGGCAGCACUCAGUGCGAUGAUAUCUUUAGAGAUUCCACAGAUUAACAUCAUGACCAAAAUGGAUUUGCUGAGCAAGAAAGCCAAGAAGGAAAUAGAAAAGUACUUAGAUCCAGAUAUGUAUUCUAUGAUUGAAGAUUCUACAAAUAUAUUGAAAAGCAAAAUGUUUAAAAAACUGACUAAAUCUAUAUGCGGAUUGAUUGAUGACUAUGGUAUGGUUCGAUUUCUACCUUUUGAUCGCUCUGAUGAGGAAAGUAUAAACAUAGUCCUGCAGCACAUAGACUUUACCAUUCAGUAUGGAGAAGAUCUUGAAUUUAAAGAACCAAAGGAAUGCGAAGAAGAUAAAUCUGCUCUUGUGGAUGAAUACUUUCAAGAUCAUGUGGACGAGUAAAAGCCAGAUGUUCAAAAAUGGGAGGAAAAUACCUUGUUUGUGUUAAAAAAUAAAAAUGUAAAAGAGAAAAAAAUGUUAAAAAACAUGUAAAAAAAUCCACACAAACAUACUUGAUGUUUUAUCUGUAAGAUAACUAAAAUUUAUAGUGAAAAGUAAGCUAUAUGACCUCAUAACUAUUUUAAUAAACAAUUUUUAUUCUUA